AUGUAUUAUAUAAGUUUAUUGAUUUUUUAUUAUCUAAUUAAAAUUUAUUAUUCAGUACAAGGAAAAGUUUAUACUACAACAUCUAAAAAGCUUUUACCAUAUUAUUAUAUAAAUUCUCAAAAACCUUAUCAUUAUUAUUCGAAUUAUUUAAAUCAAAGAUUAAAUAAUUAUGAUGAUACAUUAAAUCAUUAUUAUCCAUCUUAUCAACGAUCAUAUUCUAAAAUGAAUUAUUUAAUUAUUCCUAAAAUUGAUAAAUUUAAAACUAUUGAAAGUGAAACAAUGAAACAUAUGAAAGAAUUUACUGAAAUUAUUACAGAACAUAAAAAAUAUAAUCCUAUUUUACCUUUAUCUAAUAUUAAUAAUAAUAAUAAUAAUAAUAAUAAUAAUAAUGAUAUUGAUAACAUUGAUAAUGAUAAAAGUCAAUUUGAUAAUAUCAAUAAAUUGAUCAAUUCAAAUCAAAAUCAAAUUAAUGAUUAUUCUAUUGAUUUAUCUAUAAAGAAUAAACAAACACAAAAAACUUUAUUAUCAAAUAAAAAGUUAAAUGAAUUAAAUCAUCCAAAAUAUGAUAUUUCAUCUAGAAUAAAUCAGAAACAAGUAAAUAAUAGUGAUAUGAUAUUAUAUAAAUAUUCUCAUAAAGAACAAGAUAAAAUAGUUGCUAAUAAUAACAACAACAACAACAAGAACAACAACAACAAUCCGUAUGUGUCAAAGCAUGUUGAUAUUCAAUCAAAUGAAAAAUUUCUAUACAAUAAACAAAUAAUUAAAAGUCGUCAAUCUUCAAGGUAUAUUAUUCUUCGUCCACGAAAAAUAAAAUAGUGAUAUUGAUGAUUUAAAAAAAAUAUAUAUUCACUGACCAAUGUUAUUAUCAUAGUAUGCUGAAUUUUGGAUAGGAACCUGUAAUGUAAUAUUGAGGAUAAUCAUUGAGUGUAGACAAACAGUUAAUUAACCUACUAAUUAGUAAAUAUGUGAUUUCUUUUCUUAUUAUUGAUUUCUACUCUGGACUUAUUGAAUGUGACUGCUGGUAGUUGUAUUGAAUAAAGUAUUAUCUAGUGUUAUUCCAGUUCUCUAUUGUGGGUUGUGAAUCCUGGAUCUGACAUGAUAUGAAUAGUGUAAUUAUCGUAUUAACGUAUUAUCUUAAUAUAACUUAAAAUGAGAAAAAUAUUCUAAAUCAAGCGUUCUAUCAAAACUUAUAAUUGUUUUUGAUAAAUCUCUCGUAAGAAUUUAAACUGCCUACAUGGAAAUACAUACAUUAAUCAAUACGAG